AAAUUAUACCACCAUGUCCAUUUCUUGUACAAAAAAACUGGAUAAAUCCAAUAUAAUUAAUUAUUGGCUCAUCAUUCUCUACUGAAUUGUUGGCAAUGUGAUCAAUGGUGUCAAAGAGCACCAGCUUUGUAUUAACUUCAGUUGUUGCAAAUGGCUUUACACCUCAUCAAUGCAUUAGUGCAAUAAGCUGAACUCUGGGUGGAGGGGAGUGAGGUGAAACUGACAGCUCCUGUCCUUCAUCUUGCAUUUGACUGAGAAGGACAUUGAGACCAGCUUUCCAGCAGAUGAAGUUGUCCAUGCUGGCAUGAAACAGGACCUAGACAACAGUUAAGCAUGGAAUGUUACAAGAGAAAUGACUCUCCUGCCACACAAGUUCCAGGCAAUGACCAUCUCUACUACGUGCUACAAUUUCACUUUGGAUAUCCCAAGAUCAGUGUACUCUGGAGAAUGACCCUUGCAUUCAAUUGUUCUGUAACACAUCAGACAUCAUUGUUGAUGCUGCCUGAGCUGCUGUGUUCCUUCAGCAUUUUGUGUGUUGUUCUGGAUUUCCAGCAUCUGCAGAAUCUCUUAUGUUUGAAGUCUGCCACUGGGACCACCCAACUGGCUUGGCUGAUGUCCCCAGGGCCGGUGCUGCUCCGGAAACACGUGAGGAGCAAUAAAUACACCCCGCUGGUCGAGAGGGUUGACCUACUUCAUGUGAACCCCCAAGUUGAAGCUGCGAACUGAUCUGGCUGCUCUGCGUUUUCACCCCACUUGUGUGAUGAACUUGUACCAAGGCUUAGAUGUACUCUGGCUGCUCCAGGAGUGGACCUGGGACUCAGUCUGGUUCAGAAUGCUGUUGGCUUGCUUCUAUUGUUUGCAUGAUUUGUGUUUUUUCCUCUGCAUGGUGGUUCUUGGUCUUCUUCUUUUAAAAAUUGGGUUAUUUGGGUUUCUUGCUUUGUGGCUGUCUGUAAGCAGAUAAAUCUUAAGGUGUAUAAUUUAUGCAUGCUUUGAAGAUAAUUGUGCUUUGAAACUUUGAAUCUUGAAUAUUUUGUUAAUCUACAACUUUCACUUUUAGUUCCAUAGAAUUUAUACUUCUGAAACAGGCCAUUCAACUCCAACAAUUCUACAUUGGUGAUACAAAAGGUAACAGGUACUGUAAUCUGGAGCAACACACAAAGCUUUUGAGGAACUCAGCAGGUUUGUCAGCAUCAAUGAAGGGCUGUAGUCAACAGCAGGGGUCAAGACCUCUCAUCUGGACUGAAAGAAGGGAGAGAGACAGAAUAAAAAGGAGCCCGCAGGUCAUAGCUGAUUCUCUGUUGGUGCUUGCCUAUCUUCCUAUUCCUUUCUUUUACAUUAAGAUUCCAAUUAAAAUACCAUUUCAUCAAUAGUGGUAUGUGGGGAAAGGAAUUUCCCCUGAAUUCUUUUUGACCUCAUGCUUUAGAAUCACCCUAGAAGCAGAAAGAUCUUUUCAAUGACUACCUUAUUGAACUGCAUUAUUUUCAUGUAUUUCCUGAAAUUGUUAGACUCAGCAGUCAGUUUUGUAUUAUGUCUUCUUUCCAUGGCUUUAAUCAACCUUAAAAAUAAAAUUUUGUUGAACCUCUUUGCAUUUCCCAGCAGUUUGGGCAUUUGAUGGGAUCAUGUGCCAUUUGAAGGCUGCAUUGUCAUAAAAUACAAUCCAGAUGUGACACCAAACUUAAAUUUUCACAGAAUGUACAAUAUUGUCUUCCUAAAAUAUUGGACCAGAUGAUAAAUGCUAAAGAAGGUGCAUUAUCAAAAGUGGUAGAUGCCACAAUUGCCAAUACUACAGUACUUUUGUUGUGUUUAAUGUUUCACAUUUCCUGAUUAAGGCAGGUAUUAUUUGGUACCUCUAUCAUAUAACCAGCCCACUUUCUUCCUACCUCUGGUUUUAAUCUUUCUUAUUGUACAUUCAAAUUUGUAACAAUAAAAUGAGAAUGUUCUGAUUUUUUAUAUGAAUUGA